GAUAUGAUGGCCCUAAAGAUGUUAUAUCGCGGUCCCAGUUCGCGUUUGGAGAAUUUAAUUGAAAAGAUCCAGGCCACCAAGGAGAUAACCAAUAACGAUAUGUACAGUACCCACACAUCGUCCAGUUAUUCGCCUAGCAUUUCUGACGGCACUAUGACUCCGAAUUCACACCACUUGCCUGGAGCUUUAGCGGCCGCUGGUCAGGAUGAUCAUCCAGCUGAGGGCAAGGUCAAUGGUGGUCCUGAAGGCGGGGAUUUGCCAAAGCCGAAACGCCUGCCUCACUUCCAUCACCACCAUCACUACCAUCAUCAACAGGCGCUGAAGAUAGCCAACAAGCUGCGCAAAAUCAAUAAGGAAGCCAAAAUGGGAGCUAACGGAGGUGCGGGCUCCACUGGAGCAGUCUCCAAGUUUGAUAAGUUGACAGGGGAGGGGAUUAAAAGUCGCGGCGACGGCUCCUAUCAGUGCCAGUUCUGCGAAAAGACAUUUCCGCGACUCGGCUACUUGAAGCAUCACGUACAGAGCCACGCCGAACACCUGCCUUUCAAAUGCGAAUACUGCUCAAAGCUUUUCAAGCACAAGCGUUCCCGAGAUCGUCAUAAGAAAUUGCAUACCAACGAGCGAAACUACAAGUGUCCGCAUUGCGAGGCAGCUUUUUCCAGGAGUGACCACUUAAAGAUCCACAUGAAAACCCAUGACAUCCAGAAGCCCUUCCAGUGCAGCAUGUGCAACAGAGGGUAUAAUACGGCCGCUGCUCUAACCUCGCACAUGCAAAAGCACAAGAAGAAUGCCGCCAUCCUGGCAGCUGGAGGUAAUCCCAAUGCCCUGAACUAUAGUCCACGAUCGACGGGAUCUGCCUCGGCAUCGGUUUCCAGUAAUGGUAGCCUGCAGAAGAGGAGAUAUGCCCUGGCUCUGGCCUCAGAUAGCAGUCCCAGCCGAUUGGACUUCCCCAAGAGAUCGAGAAGUGGUCAUGUGGGUGGUGGCGCCACCACCACGGCCACGCCCACUCCUCUGCUGAGAUGCAGUUACUGUCCCAAGGUCACAGAGUUCAGUAGUCUGGAGCAGCUAAAUGCCCAUCUCCAAAGUGUCCACGAACAGCAACAACAACAACAGCCGGCUGUGAAGACUCCAGCUCAAGAGGGCGAAGGGUUCCAGCUGAGCUGUGAGUAUUGCACUAUGAAGUUUGGCAAUAUCGCCGGACUCUUCCAGCACAUGAGGGGCACGCACAUGGAUCGAUUGAGCAGCCCGAAUUCCUAUUAUGAGCACUUCAAUCGCCUGGCCACAGCUGGCACUUUCAGUCCACGACUGGCCAUGGAUUUACCUAAGAUUAAGCCGGAUUUGGGAAGUCCGGAGAGGGAAUCGCGACCUGCGGAGGAGGAUCUGCCCACAGAUUUGAGCAGCAACAAGAGGAGACCACUGACACCGAGUCCCCAAACCCAACAGACUCAGCUGGCACCACCUGCGGCUCCACCGGGAGUCUUCUUUUGCAAUCAGUGCAAUGCUGGUCUGCCGGAUUUCGAGAGCUUCAGAAAUCAUCUGAAGAGUCACAUCGCCGAGGGCAUGCAGUUGGUUUGUCCACACUGCGGAUUGAGUUUGCCGGAGCAAUCGGAGUUCGAACGUCAUGUGGUGGGACACUUUCUCAUCACCGGUUCGGAGUUCAACUGCAAUUCGAGCUGCGGAAAGAGCUUUGCCAAGUCGGAGGAUUUGCAACAACAUCUGCUUUCGGAGCACGUCCUAACCCUGCUGAAGUGCUCCUUGUGCUCGGAGCUCUGCGAAAGCCGAAUGGCCAUGCAGCUGCACUUGGCCUGUGCCCACAGUCAGGAGACGAAGCUCCUCCGCUGCAGCGCCUGCUUGGAGCUCUUCCGAUCCGAUGCCGAGUUCCAUGUGCAUGUAAAGACGCGUCAUCAGUUGGGCGGACAUCCCACGUUGGGCGCCACUUCUAAUGCGCCCACUAAUCCGCUGCAGUGCAUGUUCUGUCGAGCAGUCUGCUCCUCCGAGCUGGAGAUGCACUUCCAUCUGGCCGCACAUGCACGUCAGUUCAGGUGUCCCUCCUGCCCGGAGACCUUCCAUGUGGAGUUCCUGUUGGAUCGCCAUAUGCAAAGUCAGCAUGGAGGAGUCAAGGACAAGGAGUCGAACUCCCCCAAUAUGGGCAGUCUCUAUGUGAAUGCCUUGCUACCUCCGCUGGCGGCAGCGGCGGCUGCAGCAGCAGCCACCAAUAAUAACAGCAGCAUCAUUGACUACAAUGUGGCAUUCAAGGGUUUGUUUGGAGGGGGAGCAAGUGGAGCAGGAUCAGGUGGAGGAGGAGGAGGAGCGUCUGGAGGUGCACCGCCUUCGAGCAACAAAUUCUACAGCCCUCUGCAGGUGGACACCAAUGCUCUGAAGGCCCAAACCUCUCCCCAUCCGGCUCUAAUGUACGGUCUUAGUCAGCGCUAUCUGAUGGAGAUGUAUGCCGCCAAGUCCACAUCGCCUGCGGGAAAUGAGGGAGUUGGAAACCCGCAGCCAACGGCUCCUCAGGCCACCGCACCACCACCACCGCCACCCAGUUCUGCGACUGCCACUUUCAGUUGCGGAAUGUGCGAGCGGCAGGAUUUGCGCAGCGAGGCGGAACUCCACUCCCACCGCAAGUUGGCCCACAAUCUGAAGACGGGAGUGAGCCUGCGGUGUGCCUACUGUGCUGGUAACUUCAAAUCCCGAGCUGAACUCGAGCAGCACAUGAAGAGCUGUCACAAUUCGACGGGCAAACACAAGUGCUUGAUAUGCGACGAGGUGUUUCCCUCACCGGCCAUCCUGGCCGAACACAAGCUCCAGCACUCGAAGGUGGGGCAGUCGGGCAAGUGCUCCCACUGCGGCCAGCCGCUGGAGGAUGUGGCCGCCUUCAGGGCUCAUCUUUCGGAGCAUGGAAGCGAUGGUGCCUCCCUGCCACUGGCCUGCAUCUGCUGUCGCCAGACGUUGCACUCGGAAUUCGAGCUAAGUCUGCAUGCCAAAUUCCACACAAAGUCCUCGACGAGCGGUGGAAGUCUCCAGGAUCCAGUGUGUGCCCUGUGCUUGGAGCCACUACCCGAUGCCAGCGAAGGACCAGCCAAACUCUGCGACAAGUGCUGUCGUAAACACAAUCUGAAUGGCAAACGUGGCAAACACACUGAGGCUCCAGCUUCUCUACAACCGCCAGUUUCAUCCUUCGUGGAGAACCGCUGUAAUCUGUGCAAGAUGAUCCUGCCACAUGCCCAGAAACUGCAGGAACACCUGGUGGAACACACUUUCGCGGGCACCGAACAACGUGGCUUCAAUUGCUACAUUUGCUCGGCUGUUUUCACCGCACCCGGAGGACUACUCAACCACAUGGGCGAACAUGGCGCCCAUUCGCGACCCUACGAUUGCAGUCUCUGUCCGGAGAAGUUCUACUUCCGGGCCGAGUUGGAGCACCAUCAGAGGGGUCAUGAGCUGAGGCCACAGGCACGUCCUCCCGUGCCCAAAGUAGAGGUUCCCACCAACCGGAACAGUUCACCCAGCCAGAGUCCAGUGAGAAGUCCCACGAUUGUCAAGCAAGAAUUAUACGAAACUGAUACUGUCGAGUCCGCCGGAGCUGAGGAUGAGCCGGAGAAUCCUCCCGAUGAGGAGGAGUACAUUGAAGUGGAGCAAAUGCCGCAUGAGACACGUCCAAGUGAGAUUGGGUCGCAGCUGGAAAGGUCCACCAGUAGCGCCUAAGAAAUAUUAGCAAAAUUCAAGAACAGUCGGAAAUCUCUUCCACCCUUAACAAGAUGUAAACCAGUAAUUCAGCAGAGUCUGAGAGAUAAGAAAAAAUACUUAGAGUUCAGCCUAGUAUUUAAAAGACUGUUUCCAAACUUGCUUUUAAAACAAUGCCCCAGAAUUCUGACUUUCAGUAUAUUUAUUUUUAUAAACAUUUUGGAAAACUCUCCAAAAAUUACUAGAUCUUGCCACUUAUACACAAAUGAAGCAAAUGGAACAGUUUAGUAUUAACCAUAUACGUAUAAUUACAUAAACGAUAAAUCUAACUUUGCAUAAAUCCUUAAAUUAAGUAAACGUCAAAACAUAAUCAAUAUUACACAUACGCCUAGUGUACUCGUAGAAACUCUUGACAAAAUAAAAAUAAAGCAUUUGUGUGUGAUAGUUUUUCAAAGAUUCGACUCUGCUAUUUAUCCUCAAUUAUGAUUUAUCUAUUAUAGAUUUGUAUGUUAUAGGGCCUUGCCUUUGAUUCAGUAUUUAUAUUGUAUUACA